CAACGACACAUCGGCCCCUGUGUGCGUGUGUCUGUGUGCGUGUGCGUGUGCGUUUACUGCCGUCUGGCGAUGACAGCGAACAGGGACAACAUGUGAUUCUGCCGGCUCGUACAGUAAUGACGCUGGGAUACAGGCCGACACCAUUUCAUUAAACAAAUUUCGGCUGAAGGUCAAACUGAAAUCACCAGAACCACAUCCCAUUGGAACAUUUCUACAAAUCGACGCCAGGAGGAGACUACUAGGGAAGGCUGUUCGCUCCAGAUCGAAGAGAUCAUACAAUAUUAUUUCGUCCUCUUGACCGAUUCGCACCGUUAACGCGAUGACUGACUCGGUGGUGGAAGUCAUGACGGACGUCAAACAGGCGACGAAAUAUGUGAAAGAAACCGAGAAUGUCGCAGAGAAAUAUUCAUCCCUGACUGUGAGCAAGAACAGCGAUAUGAACAUGAACGUCGGGGAGCUGCCGUCUGCAGCGUUCACUGCGGUCCCGACUCUGAAAUCCGUCAAGAAGAUCCAGUUUGCCAACGCAGAGGACAAGCAGGAGUUCAGCAAGUACCCCACCAAAGCCGGCCGGCGCUCUCUGUCCCGGUCCAUCUCUCAGUCCUCCACUGACAGCUACAGCUCAGCUGCCUCCUACUCUGACAGCUCAGAUGAUGAGACCUCACCCCGCGAAAAGACUCAGGCCAACACCCAUGGUAGCAGCGACUUCUGUGUCAAGAACAUCAAACAGGCAGAGUUCGGCCGACGUGAGAUUGAAAUCGCAGAACAAGAUAUGUCUGCCCUGAUCUCCCUGAGGAAGAGAGCCCAGGGGGAAAAGCCAUUGGCCGGGGCCAAGAUCGUAGGCUGCACCCAUAUAACAGCACAGACUGCAGUUCUGAUCGAGACCUUGGUCGCCCUGGGCGCCCAGUGUCGCUGGACAGCUUGUAAUAUCUACUCCACUCAGAACGAGGUGGCGGCGGCUUUGGCCGAGAGUGGGGUGUCUGUAUUUGCCUGGAAAGGGGAGUCGGAGGACGACUUCUGGUGGUGCAUCGAUCGCUGUGUCAACACAGAGGGCUGGCAGGCCAACAUGAUUCUGGACGACGGGGGGGACCUCACCCACUGGGUCUAUAAGAAGUACCCCAGCGUGUUCAAGAAGGCCCGCGGCAUCGUGGAGGAGAGUGUCACUGGGGUGCACAGAUUGUACCAGUUAUCGAAGGCAGGCAAGCUGUGCGUCCCUGCUAUGAAUGUUAACGACUCUGUUACCAAGCAGAAGUUCGACAACCUCUACUGCUGCCGUGAAUCCAUCCUAGAUGGAUUGAAGAGAACCACUGAUGUAAUGUUUGGAGGAAAGCAGGUCGUUGUGUGCGGUUACGGGGAGGUGGGAAAAGGCUGCUGUACUGCCCUCAAGGCGCUUGGAGCCAUCGUGUGCAUAACAGAGAUCGACCCCAUCUGUGCUCUGCAGGGCUGCAUGGAUGGCUUCCGAGUGGUCAAACUGAAUGAGGUCAUUCGGCAGAUGGACCUCGUGAUAACCUGCACUGGCAACAAGAAUGUUGUUACCAGGGAACAGCUAGACCGGAUGAAGAACGGCUGUAUCGUGUGCAAUAUGGGACACUCAAACACAGAGAUUGACGUGGCAAGCCUGCGCAGUCCUGAACUGACCUGGGAGAGGGUACGCUCUCAGGUGGACCACAUCAUCUGGCCUGACGGCAAGAGGGUGGUCCUACUGGCAGAGGGCCGGCUCCUCAACCUGAGCUGUUCCACAGUGCCCACCUUUGUUCUGUCCAUCACUGCUACCACUCAGGCCUUGGCUCUGAUUGAGCUGUUCAAUGCUCCAGAGGGACGAUACAAACAGGAUGUGUAUCUGCUACCUAAGAAGAUGGAUGAGUAUGUGGCCAGCCUGCACCUACCUAACUUUGAUGCCCACCUGACUGAGUUGUCAGACGAGCAGGCGAAGUACAUGGGCCUCAACAAAAAUGGCCCCUUCAAACCCAACUAUUACAGGUAUUGACGGGACUACCUGAUGGCCUGGGAUUAAGAAAAAGUAUUUCCAAUGUUAAUUUGUUGUUUUAAGUUUUGCAAAAUUCAUGAUUCAUUUCACUUUCUGAAUGUAACUGCAUAUUAGCAAUAUAAGACACUGUGUUAGAUGCAUUUAGGAAAAAAAAAAAUUCUUAUGUAUAACAUUAAAGGUCUGUCACAUGUUAAAAAGCCUGCUUGCAUGCUGUCAUCCAUGUGUAUUAAUUUAAUUGCAAUUGCAAGAUCAAACCAUUGUGUUGUUGUUGUUAAUUUGUCUAUACACUCCGGAUAUAUGCAUCAUGCCAAACAAUGGCUAGAAGUUGAUUCCGGAGAUAUCUAUGUUUUCAUCUGUGCAUGCCAUUAAAUCAUCCUGUAUGCUGCCAGAACUCUUAAUACUCUAAUCAAUACUGUAAUUUACAAUUUUUACUUAUUCUGAGUUAUAGGACUGGUUGACAUUGAGUAUUUUACUAUCACAGAACAUCUCUGCUGUCCAUAACAUUGGAAAGACUACAGUCCAUAAAUGCAAAUCAUAUAUAUUUUAAAAGAAACCUCUUGAUUACAUAUAUAUCACCCCAUCUGAGUGUAUGAUUUUGACAACAUCCAUUCAUAAACAUGUGCUCUUACAAACAAAUAGAUGGUUUUGAACAGCUGGAGAGCAAAGGGACAUAUAUAAAGUGUGCAGAACCCUUUUGGUAUGUGGGAUUAAUUUCAAAGGUCACGCACUUUGCAACCACUCCUAGGGUAUAAUCAGUGUGUAAGAAUAAAUGAAGUGUUAAACGCAAACAACAAGGACAUUUUCAAAUUGAUGCUGCUUACAUGGACGACUCAUUCUGAACUUUAAUUCCUGUCAUUUGAAUUCCUCUUUGUCAUACUAAAAUGUAUUGUAUUGCUGUUGUGUCUGAAUAGCACAUUUGUAGUAUUGGUAAACCUUAAAUGGUAUAAAUGUGCCUUUUGAUAAGAUUCUAAGGAGUAGAUUGCAUUUCCACAUUACUUUAAACCACUUGGGGUUAUCCACAUAAACACUGUCUUUUUCUGACUGCUUCUGCAUAAUAUAUUAAACAUUCCCUAAAUGUUAAUAGAUUUGAGACUAUAUUGUCAUGAUUUAAACUGAUUUUUUUCAACAGAGUAAGCUCAAAUAAAGUAAUUAUUCAAAUGUA